AUGGGUGAGAAGCGCAAACUUGAGUUGGAUGAGCUUACCAUCCCGAGCAAAUCUCGGAAACGCACGGCGCUGGAUGAUGCUGAUCCAAUUUACGAGGAACCUCAGUCAGAUGCCGAUUAUGUGUCUUCCGACGAAUCGAGUGUGAACAGCGACAGUCUCCACGAGACUCCAGCGACACCAAUCUCUACGACCUCAGCCAAAUAUCCUUCAGAGCUGAAAACUCACCGCUGUCCCUUCGAUGGUUGCACAAAGGCAUUCAACCGGCCAGCGCGACUUCAAGAACAUCUGCGCUCCCAUAACAACGAGAGAAUCUUUAAAUGCACAUUCGAGGAGUGUGACAAGACAUUCCUCCGCGCAUCGCAUCUGAAUCACCAUAUCAAAAGCGCACACACUGGGGUCCGAGACUACGUAUGCGACCGUCCUGGCUGCGGGAAGAGCUUCGUGACGGGCUCCCGGCUCCGUCGACAUCUGGCUGCCCACGAUGGACGAGAUAAGUACCGCUGCACGGAGUACCCACCUUGCAAUGAGACGUUUCGGAAACAUUCCACCCUUCAAAAACACAUCAUGACCGCACAUCUAAAGCAAAAGCCUUUCCAAUGCCCCCACACGGAUCCGAGUACCGGGCAGAAAUGUACGAUGGCAUUUGACACAGCAGGACAUCUCCGAGCCCACGAAAGCCGCAUUCACACCGAGAAACGGUUUAGUUGCACUGAAUGCUCCCAGCACGCAGAGGGUGCCGAAGCAACCUUUCCCACCUACGCGCUCCUACAAGCUCAUAUCCGAUCCGUUCACCCCCCGCAAUGUCCCAACUGUGCUCUGACUUGCGCGACGUCCCGCGAACUCCGCCGCCAUCUCGAAGUCGCCCAUGGCGAUGUCAGUCUCGAGGAGCGCAAGAUAUUCCCUUGCACCGUACCCGGCUGCGACCGCAGCUUCACCAAGAAGGGAAAUCUAACCGUACACAUCCGCACCGUUCAUCAGGGCGAGAAACGCUUCGUCUGCGGCGAGACCGACCUCUCGUCCUCGAAAAAGGUGUCCGGCUGGAACAACGACAACGGCUGCGGCAAGCGGUACGGGAGCAAGCUCGCGCUGGAAGAACACAUCCGCACUGCACACCUGGGCUACCAAAACGCCAAAGCCGAACGCCGGCAACGUCUCGGCAUCACCCGCGAUCGACAGCACUCUACCGCAACCUCACCCGGUGUGUCCGCGCUGGCCGCGCUCACGGGUGAGGGCUACGCCGAGGAAACGGGCCGCCACAUCGCGUGUCUGGUUGAGUCGUGCCCGCACCGGUUCCACAGAGACUACGAUCUCUGGGUCCAUAUGAGCGGCAAGCAUCAUUUCUCCGAGGAGGAAACCCGCGAUCUAUUUCUGCGGCGAGCCCUGCUCGCGCAUGAUUUCGGUGCGUCUGCGUCUGCUUCUGCUUCCUCCGAGGAACUGUUCGGGGGUAUCUACGGCCUUGAAUUCGAUAACGAUCAUUCGUCGUAUGAUCCGUAUGUGUUGGACGGGUCCGAGACGAUAGCGACUUCUGGCGCGGCCGUGUCGAAGCCGUUGCCUGCGCAUGGCGCCGAUGUAAUGAUGCAUGACAACAGUUCUACGAUACCCACUCCUGGUGAUGAUAUGGCGCUGAUUGAUCCUGCACUGGCUUACGAUAUGAUGGAGUCGUAG